AUGGGGGACUGUGCCCCACUCACCAAACUGGAGACGGCCCCACAGGAUGGGGGUCUUUUGCCAGCCAAGGGGACAGUGGAAACACCCGAGACAGGAUCCGGCCCGCCCGGCUUCCAACAGGCCAUCAAGGCUGACCAGCGGCUCGAGGAUGCAACCGACAGAGCCGGCGGCCCAGAAGAUUUGAAGGACCCAGCCAAGAAUUGUCCAGGCGACUGGCUCAUCCGGACGGUGAAGGUUGAAGCUGAGGAUUACACAGAGUGGCCGUCUGGGCUGAGCACGGAGGUGCUGCUCUCAGGGCUGCCUCUGGCUAGCGCCUGCAAGUCAGAGGGCCGCGUCCCGGGACCUGAUUAUAAGGACGGAGCCGCCAGGCUUGGAGAACUUUCCGGAUUGGCCCUGCACCAGUGGCAGAUGUUGAGAGAGGACAAGCCAUUGGGCUGCCCACGCUGCGAGCACCCGGCGGCGCUGCUCGGCGGCAACCUCGGGGACCCCCAGCCGCGCCCCUUCGCCUGCCUGCAGUGCGGCAAGGCCUUUGGAAAGAAGGCGCACCUGACGCGGCAUGCCCGCGUCCACACCGGUGAGCGUCCUUUUCCUUGCACCCACUGCGGGCGCCGCUUCUCGCAAAAGAUCCACUUGGGCUCACACGAGCGGGUCCACACUGGGGAGCGCCCCUUCCCCUGUGACCGCUGCCCCAAGAGCUUCCGCAAGAAGACCCACCUGGUGCGCCACCAGCUGACCCACACUGGCGAGCGGCCCCACACCUGUGCACUCUGCCCCCACAGUUUCAUCCACCGCCGGCACCUGCUGCGCCACCAGCGGCUGCACGAAGAAGCCACCCGCGUUGGAGACCCUGCGGAGUUGCGACAAGCUGCCCCCUCAUACGGAAACGGCCUGGAGCUAGGCCUAGUGGGGAAUGUCCCCCCAUCUGGGGAGAACCUGGACAUCUCCGCGGUCCUGGGGCAAAACUGCCGGGUUCAGGGCGACCAUGCACAAGUCAGUUUCCCGUACGGGCCUGGGAUGGAGCUGGGGAAGUUUCUCCCUUCCUGUGUGGGGCACAUGGAGCCCGAUCAGGGCCCCUUCCUCUUUAAGGCUGAGCCAGAGCUGGAUGGUGUCCCGGGUGCAGACAGGGAGGACCGGCCCCUGGGGGAAGCCUUCCUGGAUCCCACAAGUUGUAGAGCCCUCUGCAGGGUGCAGACAGUGGAAGGUGCACCAUACCUGGAACAGGUGGGCAAGACUGAGCCGGAGGAGGAUGCGGGGUCCAGUCAACCCCCGGAAGAGAAGUCGUUCCUGUGCUCGGAUUGCGGGAAAGCCUUUGCCUGGCGAAAGAACCUGGCAUCCCACCAGCGGCUCCACGCCGAGGGUGGGCACCCCUUUUCCUGUGCCGAAUGCGGGCAGGGUUUCAGCGACAAGCGCCACCUGACAGCACACCUGCGUGGCCACAUGGGCCUCUUGCCCUACGCUUGUCCCCACUGCGAGCAUAGCUUUGCGCACCGGGCUGGGCUGGCUGCCCAUCAGUGCGGGGGCCACACGGGGAAGCGCCCCUUUGCCUGCAACGAGUGCGGGCGAUGUUUCGCCCACAAGCGCCACCUGCAAAGACACUGCCGCAACCAGCACUCGGCCGAGCGCUCCUACACCUGCGCGCAAUGCGGGCGCGCCUUCAGCACCCGGGCCAGCCUGCUGGCGCACAUCAAGUCCCACACCGGGCAGCGCCCCUUUGCCUGCCCUCUGUGUGGGCGUGCUUUCAGCCGCAAGUCGCACCUCGCCCGCCACGAGGCUGUGCACACGGGCCUGCGCCCCCACGCCUGCACCCAGUGUCCCCGCCGCUUCAGUUCCAAGACCAACCUGGUGCGCCACCAGGCAGUGCACACUGGCCUGCGCCCGUACAUCUGUACCCACUGCGCCCGCAGCUUCAGCCGCAAGACCCAUCUCUUGCGACACGAGGGCACCCACACCAGCGCCCCACUGCCCAGCGCCGCCGGUUGGGUGACCGCCCUGCCACAGAGUUCCCUGCUACAGCCUGCUGAGCAGCACCCGCCUCUCCUGUUACCCAUGGCACUGGAGUCUCCCUGGCAGUGAGGAUCACCCCCUCCCCACACCAAAUCCUGCCCGCCUCGUGCCGUGGGCAUCUCAUAGCUUCGGUGCCCUUUGUUCUUUCCAAUCAGCCAUUCAGUUACGGGGGAAAAACCAAAAACCCCACAGAUCCUGCAAGGAAAGAAUGACAUUUGCAUGUCCUUGUGAUUUGAAACGGUGCGGACCGUCAAGUUCCCCCCACCAACUUGUCCAACUUUGUGGACCGGUGUGGCAAGUGUGAGUGGAGGAUGGUUCCACGUGAGUGGACGGCAAGCUUUUUCCUGCAAGUUGUGGAAGCGCACUUCCACUACUCGUGUCAAGGUGCUGUGGCCUCCGCGGCCCGGUUGCGAAUGGAUUGCGGCCUGGUAACGUGUCGUGGCCCUGGGGGGACCCCUGCCGUAGUGCACCAAAUGACCAGAAUCCCGCCUAAUUUAUUCCAACUGAGCGUGUCAGAUGGCCCCCUGUUCUCCCUACACCUUUUGUGGUUGCUCCAGUUGGGACCGACACAACCCCAAUUCCCUCACAACGGUCACAAAAGAUGCACCAUGCUUUGUGGAGGAUUGCGAUCCAGCAACGGCUGACCCAGUCGU